AUGGCGGCGAUCCUCGUAGCGUCGGCAGCGCCCAGGGCCUUCGACUUUGACACGUCAAAGCCCACGUACGGGACCGACAUCUUCCUCGUCUGCCUACUGGCAUUCGUCUUUGUCGGCGGCUUAGCAGGCCUCGUGCUUGUAGACCUGAGGCGCAAGUGGAGAGGGGAUUCGUUUGAGUCCGCAGCUACCGCCUCCGCCUAUGCCCCUGUCUCUGCCGCCGUCGCCAAGGCCAUCCCAAAGCCCGCCGGUUCAUGUCGGGCGGGCUGGUCUCUCAGCAAGACGUCGACUACAGACGCCUUGCCCACCAUCGGCCUGCCCAAGAUGGAGGGUAUUUCGUACUCGCCAACGCAGACACCGUCCCGCCCGUCACUCCAGCAGGGCAGCACCGAGUUCGAGGUCGAUGUAUCAGACGGCGGGGAGGUUUCGAGCGGGUCUACGACGGAGGUGGCGUCUUCUGUCUACGAGAAGUCGGCCGGGCGGAAGAAUAGCGGGCUGAAGAGCCUGCAGACGCCGGGCUACCGUGACGAGACUUUGGAGUUUGGAGUAAAUGGGUUACCGGGCCCCAACAGAACCAGAACCUGUACCUGUACCUGUACUCGCACCUGCACCACCAAAGCCCAGGUCCAGGAAUUUCUGGACAAACAGAAAUCAUCCAAAGACAAAUUUGAACCAGUGUGGUCGACUCCAAGAGACGUGGUUCAGCAGUCCGAGGACAGGACGGUGUUGUGGCUGGUGGACCCUGAGAGACCUGGCUCUCGACCUCGCAAGAUUCACAUCACUCGUACCUGUACUCGCACCUGCACCACCAAAGGCACCAUGGACUCCGUUCUCGUCUUCUUUUUCUUCCAUUUUGUCGCCAGCGUCGGCGUUAGCAUCGCCCUUGCAUUUUUCAUGGUCGCAAUCAUCAACGCCGACUGGGGCGUCGAAUCCGAGGACCUAUAUUAGGGACAAGGCUUUGCUUGGAUAAAAAAGGUAUGUUGCGUUCACUGUCCACCUAUGGGAACAGCCAUAGAAGGCUUUUGCCAGGACGUGGUACUAAUUUAUGCAAUUUCCGCUUCUAGUUGAGCUGCAAGAGCAGCACCAACGAUGAGUCCUCCUGGGGUUGGACGGCCAUGUACUUUUUUUUUUGUUUUUUUUUUGUUUUUUUGGGAAAGUGCUUACUUCGUUACAUUUCUUUUCGGGGAAAUCCCACUUCAGGGAGUUGUCUGGUU